GUCUACACUGAGAGAGACUUGCCUGCUCCUCUGCACCCUGUCCUCGCUUGUUCUCAGCAUGGCGUGUCUGUGCUUCCCAGGAGGCUUCUGGAUGGCAGCUUUGACAGUGAUGCUGAUGGUGCUGAGCCCUCCUCUGGUUUGGGCCAGGGAUGUUCCAGCGCAUUACUUAUUCAUCACUACAUCCGAGUGUCAUUUCUCCAACGGGACGCAGCGGGUGCGGUUUCUGGACAGAUACUUCUACAACCAGGAGGAGUACGUGCGCUUCGACAGCGACGUGGGGGAGUACCGCGCGGUCACCCCGGUGGGGCGGCCGAGCGCCAAGUACUGGAACGGAAAGGAGUUCCUGGAGCAGACGCGGGCCGCGGUUGACGCGUACUGCAGACACAACUAUGGGGUCUUUGAGAGCUUCGCAGUGCAGCGGCGAGUUGAGCCCACAGUGACUGUGUAUCCUUCAAAGAACCCAUCCCUGCAGCACCACAGCCUCCUGGUCUGCUCUGUGAAUGGGUUCUAUCCAGGCCACAUUGAAGUCAGGUGGCUCCGGAAUGGCCAGGAGGAGACGGCUGGGAUCGUCUCCACAGGCCCGAUCCAGAAUGGAGACUGGACCUUCCAGACCCUGGUGAUUCUUGAAACUGUUCCUCAGAGUGGAGAGGUCUACACCUGCCACGUGGAGCACCCAAGCCUGACCAGCCCUAUCACAGUGGAGUGGAGGGCACAGUCUGAAUCUGCACGGAGCAAGAUGCUGAGUGGAGCUGGGGCCUUUGUUCUGGGUCUUCUCUUCCUUGGGGUGGGGCUGUUCAUCCACUUCAGGAAUCCCAAAGGACUACUGAGCUGAUGCCCAAGUAGUGACCCUCAAGGAAUAGCCUCUGCCCCAGUAUCAUCUUCGCAGCAUGAAAAGUCCUCCUGCUGGCUUUUAUUCCACAGAGAGAGUCCCUUCUCAGGAUCUGGUCUGCUUCUGGUUCAGUGACCUCGCAGAAAAUGCCCACCCUCAACUCUGCCCUUGACCUGGAAGUCUCCAGUGCUAUUGAUUGAAAUAUCUCAUAAUCAUUCUUGCCCAGUUCCCUUUGUAUUGAACCCUAUGCCCUCUUAUGCAAAUGAACUCACCUUCUGCCACUAUCUCUUUAUGUUGCAUUAUUUUCCUCAACUAAACAUGAAAUCAUCUGCUUUAUGCAGCUACAAGGACAGGAAGUAGAGAAAAAUGAAGGAUUAUAUCAUAAGACAGUAAUAGUUUUCAUUUAUAUCCCUGAAUUUUGACCACAUGUGAAUCAAGGGUAUUUCCUUGCUUCUGUGGAUUUUCUGUGGGUAGUUAUUAAAGAUUCUAAGCACCAGUUCUAACAUGUGGGCAUUUUCUGGAAGUCUUAUAAUUCAGCUUCAUUUUAACACUAUCUAACUGGAGAUAGGUCAGGUCACACAGAUUAAGGGCUCAGCCUCAUUAGACUAAUCCCUACCAUCUGUUCAGAAUAGAAAAGGGCCCUCACACAUACCCCCAGAGGAACACAAUUGAAUUUCUGUGAAGAGUCUUUUUACCUGUAGUUUACUCACUUGAAAAGUGGAAGGGAGGGAGUAGUUCCAUUUAGUCUGAGUGUCUGGGGGAGUAAUGGGAGCAAGGUAUGUGUAAUUAAGAAAUUAAAAAAAAAACCAUAAA